AUUGGCGGGAAAUAUCUCGCCAUGUUGAAUAGAGCAACAAGUGACUAAGAAACUCGAUUUGUUUCUGCGUUUGUUUUCAUACAAGAAGAGCAUCAUCAGUAGAGAUGGAUGCUUUCUUACGAGGACAGAGUUCUACUGCUAGUUCUUCGAAACUUAAGCAACAAACAGGCGAAGAAACAGCAGGAUCUUCAAACAAAAGGGUUGUUGUUCCUUGGGUUGAAAAAUAGUGAGUGCCUUCGCUUUCCUUUGUCGUCCUUCUUCACUUCGAUUUCUUUCAGACUUCGAGUACUCUAAUUUUAUUUAAUUUUUUAUGAUGAAAAAUCCCUGAGUGUCUGAACAAAGAGGGAAAUUUUGGUUAAAUAAAUAUCAGCGUAUCGUCCUGAUGUUGCGUUGAUGAGACAAGAGAUUCUCAUUGCUAACCCCAAGGAGAUUAUGACACAGAAAGGAGAAUAGGCUGUCUGAUCUAAACAUUUAUCGCCACUGAAGGUUCAUCUAUCAAACUAUUGUCGUCUUUUUUCUUCAGUAGCUCUACUCAGUGUUAAUUACUUAAUUAUUAUCAUACGUUCAUUUUAAAUUUUCUCAGCCGGUAACUGGAUUGAUUAAUGGAUCAAAAAUCUCUUUUCUACCAAAGUAUAACUUUGUAAUUAAUUAGUCUAGACAGGAAGGAUAUCAUUUAUAUCAAUACUUCGAGUCAGUGCUGGAAUUUCAUAUGCCAUGCUUUUUUCUUGUGACAUAACCCUAAAAAGAGCAUCUGUUACACCUUUUGUCUUCUGUUCCUAAUCAGUCUGAUUACUUUAUUUAUAUCUUUUGUUGUUUUUGUUCUACAUUGAUGAUAAAAAUUAUGAAAAACUGUUCAUGUCUUGUGAUUCUCUUGUUGUUAGUCGUCCAAGAUCUGUGGAUGAAGUUGCUUAUCAAGAUGAAGUUGUGUCAGUGUUGAAAAAAUCUCUAGAAGGAGUUGAUCUCCCAAACUUGUUGUUUUAUGGCCCUCCUGGCACAGGAAAAACAUCCACAAUACUUGCUAUUGCAAGACAGCUGUUUGGGUAGGUUUAUCCUCAGAAGUAAGGUCAUUUUAAAGGUUUUUGUAAGAAUUUUUAAUGCCCAUAUUCUAGUCAAGUCUUAGUUCAAGUGCGCCUGAGUAAGACUUAACUAUGGGCCGAUCUAUUUUUUCUUUUUUUAACAUAUUUUUCAUUGUUUUCCCCAAACGAUCCUAGGCUAGUGAGUGCCUGACAAAUGACUUAGGCUGGUCAUUUGUCAGGCACUAACUUUUUUUUGUGGUUCAUUGUGUUGCAUUCUUGGGCAAAGCAUGUUACUCUCAUCACAGAGUAUAGAUAGGUUCAAGCAAACUGUCUGGGAAAGCGGAUGAAAUGCCAGGGGGGCAACUUGCAAUAGACAAGCUUUCCAUCUGGUGGGGAGUAGCAAUACUUUUAGUAGCUUUAUGCUACAUAAACAGGGAUAAGGUCCAACCAUUAACCUUGGGCAUUACACUUGACUCUUAGAGUACCCCUCUUGACCAGGACCCAGUUGUUCUGAGGGUAGACAAUGCUAUUCAAUGCAAAAAUUGCUAUUGAGGGGAUAAAUGUUGACAAAAGGUACUGUGCUAGGUACUGCAUAGAGAUUUAUCCAGUGGAUAGCAUCAUCCACCCUUCAAACAACCAGGACCAGGGGUAUAAAUGGGUACCUGGAAACUAUUAGGAAAACUCAUCAAUUUGCUAGGAGGGAGUGAGAGUAUUUUUUAAUGGACUAACACACCACCUAGGAAGAGAAGGAACAGUUACACUUCUACUUCGUUCAUGUUAUUCAAACAGGUGUAAGCUAUGGUGAUUAAGGGGCCAGUAUGGUCAAAACAAUUAUUGACCAUUAUUUCAUUGCAAUUUUAGACUUGAGCUUAUGAGAUCACGGGUGCUUGAAUUAAAUGCAUCAGAUGAACGUGGAAUACAGGUCUGUUAAACUUCAGUGUUCUUCUGUAGAGUUUCUGUUAGUCUCUAUCAGGUGUAUAAAUGUGUGUUAUUGAUCAAAUGUAAGGACAAAAUUGCUGGGGCCAAGUUUUUUUUUCCCCAUUUUUUGACCAAGGCAAUUGGCCCAACCAUCUUGACCAAACAAUAAUACAGGAAGUGUAGGCAACGAAAAGACACCAAAAUUUUGAGGUCUUUUUUUGGAACAAAGCUGUUCACAGUUUCAAGCUUGCUCACACUGGUAGCCAGUCUGAAGAGAUGCCUUAGCAUGCUUAAUGUUUCUAGUUUGUUGUACAAGCUAUCCAAUGAAACAGCUUGAUGACAUGCCUGAACAAUAACAAGAGAAAAAGGGAGUUGUUAAAAUUAGUCUUAAAUGUGAAUUCUUAGAAUGAUAAAUUUUAAAACCUUUUUUUAAGAAAGUGUGGCUGCAAUGUUGCAAAGUUUUCAUAUAAUGUUUUAUUUGCAGGUAGUGAGAGAUAAAGUUAAGAAGUUUGCUCAACUGGCAGCCUCUGGUAUUCGAACUGAGUAAGUCUUUUGUUUACAGUCCAUCCAUGCUAUUCAUAGAUAGAUCCUAUACCUUAUUCUAAAAUAACAUAAUUUUGAUUCUUUGUUUUUCAAUGCAUAACUGCCCUUUUUGCCUUAAUCAUAUCUCCAGAAUGCAAAGGAAUGUUUAGCCUAGAGACAACAUUAGUCAAUGCCAAUGGCGACAGAAAAACGAUGUCUCAGUUUAUAACUUGUCUUUGAGAGAAAAAAUUUUGCGCUAUUUUUAUUUCAUGGUAUAUGCAUAUCAUAUCACCAGUCAUAAAUUUUUCUUACAGUGGUACCCCAUGCCCACCCUUCAAGCUGGUUAUUUUGGAUGAAGCAGAUUCCAUGACACCAAGUGCUCAGGUUUGAGCUUCUUUACUCUUCUUUAUAUGUUAGCAUAAACUGGCUGUGAAACUGCACACUUUGAAAACGGUAUUUUUGAUUUUUUUUUAAAUAAACAGGCAGCCUUGAGAAGAACCAUGGAGAAGGAGACAAAAACCACAAGAUUUUGUCUUAUUUGUAACUAUGUGAGCAGGUAAUGACAUUGAAAAGAACUGUAACUAACAAUCAUCUAAUAACUGAGUUAUUGUUUUUUAAAGUUUAAUGAAAAUGACCUUAUGUGAAACCUUUCUUGUGAAAAUGCUUACACUGACAGAUCCUGCCUAGGCUGGUUCUCACUAUGGCCCCUUAUUUGGACCCCUCAGAAAACUGGACCUGUGACUUUGACCACCAAUCCCCUGUCGUUUGUGUUUUUAUUAUGGGUUGUAUUUUCUUUGCUUUUGUUUCUGUUAUGUUGAAAAAAAGAAACACCUUUUGGCAAGCUCUAUUUCAAUGAAUUUGAAGUUAUUGUGAGAUGAACUGUGUGUAUCAGAAUGAAACACAUCCUAUUCAAGCUUGCAUUUUAAGUGUAUAGUAAGACAGCCACAAAAAAGAAAUUCAUUUUAUCAUUUACAUUUUAUCUUGCAGAAUUAUUGAGCCCCUGACUUCCCGUUGUUCCAAAUUUCGUUUUAAGCCAUUAUCUACAGAUACUUUAGAGAAGAGACUCAACAUGAUUUGUGAAAAGGAAAAUGUGAAAUGUGAUAAAAAGGUAAAACUAGUGAGUGAAUUUUGAAUGACCUCAACUUCAAGAUCUUUUAGAAGAAGUAUUUAAACUUAUGAUUGUGCAGUACUUUGACAGACUGCUCUUCCAAACUAUUCCUCUGCAGGUAAUUUAGUGUUAACAACUGAGUUGAAACGUAAAUUGGCCACCGUAAAGAGUAAAAAAGCUGAUGUUUCAAGCAUUAGCCCUUUGUCAGCUUUUUUAUUCUUUACGGUGGCCAAUUAAUGUUUCAACUCAGUUGUCAACACUAAAUUACCUGCUGUACUUUCCCACUGACACAGCAUCACAGUUUCUUUAGAACCUUACCCCCUCUAUUCCUCUGCAGGUCAUCAAGUUUAUUAUUCUAACAAUUAAUGGUAAAAUUUUAUAUUUGCUUACUUUAAAGAAUGGAAUAUUUCCAAUUAGGGGAAUGUUUACCCAACAAUUUGUGAUUUUAGCCUCUUUUCUCAAAGACUUCCAUCCAAUGGACUCAUAAAUGGUGGUCCUGAAUGACCAACAAUUUGCAUAUGUUACCUUUACUGGAUGCACUUCUUUAUUGGAGAUUCUAAUUUAAUCCUUUAACUUCCAUGACUUACAAAGAGAGAAUUUCUCUUUACAGUUGUAAUGCAAUAUCAAGUAGACAAGUGAUAAGAAUAAAGAAAGAUAUCAUUUAGGGGAUUAUUAGUUGAUACAAUACCAAAUUCUCCAAACUAACAUAAGAAUUGGAUGGCAGACAGUAAGGAGAAUUACUAAUCAGAUCUUGGGAGUGAAAGGGUUAAAGUUUUCUUAGCUUUGAGGGUAUUCCCUGUAUGAAGGUACCACUGCAGUUAUAAACUUUUUGUCUCAACAGGCGAUACAAGAAUUGAUAAAGAUAUCAGAAGGUGACAUGAGGAAGGUGAGAAAGGAAGUGUUGAAUGAUCUGUAAAGAAAACAGUAUGCCUUUUGAUGGACUGUUAAAGCAUUCCAUGUAGUAUUUUUAUUUACUUAACAGGAAUUAGCAAACAAAUAACUGUUUUUAAGAUGUGUUAGGGACUUAUGGAAUUGUAUAACAGGGCAUUAUGAACAAACUGAGAGUCAUAUUUCAGUAAUCAGAUUUUCUCUGUCCACCAUUUCUGUCACGUUCAUUCAAUUACCACAUGUUUUCUUUAGGUGGAGAUUUUGACAUAGGUCACUGCAGGUGCCUUGAAUGGAUAGAGAAAAUGUGGCCAUCAGAUUAUUUUAUCUCCACAUUAUGGCUCUGAUCGCUUAUGCUCCAUAUCAAUCCUUCUAUCCACUUGUGCCCACCCUUGCAUUGAUGAAACAAACCCUUUUUUAUAACAUUUAUUGCUUGACUUGUUUUUAAGGCUAUAACAUACCUACAAAGUGCUCAAAGACUGAAGGGUGAAGACGUGGUAGAAGCUGAUGAUAUCAGUGAAAUAGCUGGGGUGAGAUCCAUCAUUUCCCAACUGCAACUACAGUAUUACAUUUAUGAAAUCAAAGGGCUUGCAAAGUUACAUGUUUUUAAUGUAACAUGAAACAAAAAAUAUAUACAGUGACUUAUUGGUAUCAAGAAAAUAAUCAACACAUACCAUUUGGUGACUUUCCUUCAGGUUGUUCCAAGUAAAAUGGCAGACAAACUUUUUGAGACUUGUGGAUCAGACUCAUUUGAAAAACUUGAUGCUACAGUUCAGGUAAGGGACUAAUUUUGUUGAUCAUCUUUGUAUUUCUGAAAGAUGUGGUGACCUAAUCCUUGGUUACUUUUCUGUGCUCCUAAUUUAAAGACUCUUGAUUGAGCCAAGGCUUUAUUUUGAUUAAGAACAGAACACAGUUGAUCAAUGCUAGUCUCAAACAGGGGCAUAGCUAUGGGGGUCUGUAACCCACCCUCCCUUUAUUAGCUACAUUUUUGUAAGUUUGUGAUAUGUUAUGACACACAAAUGUUACAAUUCAGGUUUGCAAUAUUGGAUUACCUUUGAUAACACAUUGUUUUAACGACAGCCCUCAAAAUCCAUAAAAUUGAUUAGAAAACCCCUUUAAUCAAAUGCUGAAGGAAGGGUACGAGUCAAGUUCAACUUAAAAAUUCCAAAUCCAAUGUUUUGUCACAUGCAACAAAACAUAUUACAUCAUCAAAUUUAAAUGAUUUGAAUUAAACAAUGAGCAUGCACCUGAAUUUGAACAUGAAACAGGAAAUUGAAAAUUAAACAAAGUCCGUAAAUGUGUGUGCCGGGGUGUAAGUGCCAACUGAGUUCUUUCAAAGUUUUUUUAUCAAUUCCCUAAAUCCAGCAAAGGUUGCAACACAUUGUUUCAUUAAUUUGAAAGAGUUGUGGAACAUACUUUUCAAUUGCAGUACAUGUAAUUACAGACAUGGUUGAAUGUGAACCGAAAAAAAUAUCUUAGUUGUGUAGUGACAGAGGUUCCAGCUUUUUGACCAAUCAACCUAAUUUUUUGCCCAUGACUUACCAAAAAUUACUCAGUUAAGUAAUAGAGGUUGUUACAUAAGGACAUUACAUGAAUCUACUUUUUUUUUAACAACAUGUAACACUUGCCAGGAAAUAAUAGCUGAGGGUCAUGCAGCUGCUCAGGUCAUCAACCAGGUAUGAUGAGACCCUAUGAGCUAUAAUAAAUCUGUUGUUUCCUGCAACAAGUUUUUAACAUCUUCAUCCCCUAUGAGGAUUCAUAUUCCAGCCAGAUUCAGUUUCAAGGCUGCUGCUACAUAUAAAUCAGUUGGACCAUAUAAACUGACAAUUUACAUCCUAAAGUCUAAGAAGUAUCUAAAAAGUACCUUAACAAGUAUGGGAGUUCUCCAUACUGUUCUAUAUAUGCUUCUUAUGGUUCUUUAAAGGAGAAUUUGUCUGAUGAUCCAAAGCUGCUUGAGAUUGCAAUUAUUUCCUUCAUUCUUGUGACUGUUAUGUUUGAUUCAGGGGGGUGAUACUGUUGGAAGAAAUAUUCAGUGUUCUCCAUUUCAGGCAGUAACUAGUAACAUUUACUGCCUUAAGUACCUCUUAUUACUGUUUAAAAUUGUUGGAAUUCUUGAAAAUUCAACAGGUAAAAAGAUUGCUUUACUGGUUUGAAAAUUUAUUUUACCUGUCAUGCUUAAAAUAGAGGAGAACACUGAAUAUUAGUUCACUCUUAGGAGUGAACUGGUUAAGCCAUAUGUUUUUUUUUGUUUUUUUAUUUUUUCUAUUUUAAACACUCACCUUUUACAUCAAUCUUUUACUUUAAUUUUUGACCCUUAACCUCUCAGAAUGAUUAUUAUAUAACAUCUCUCACUAAUAUCCAUACAUUAUCCAGCAAACAAGUAAUGAAAAUGCCCAAACUUAUAAGGUAGAAGUUGCUGUCUUGAUCUAACAACAAAUUCUUGUAACUAAUCUACAAGGAAAUGCGUAGUAGUUCAAUGGGAGAAUUAACAAUCAGAUCUUGGGAGUUAAAGGGUUUAUUACCCUCUUGUACCUAGCAAAUGUCUUCCAAAGUCAAAAGAAUUAACAGAAGGGUUUGUUUCCAACCAACCAGGUUCAUGACAGAAUUAUUGAAAUGGCUGAGUUAAACGACCAUCAAAAAUCUGCCAUUAUGGAAAAAAUAGCUGUAAGUACUUUAAGAUUUUCUUAAAACUUCAUUAUUCUUUAACUAGUUUCAGUUCCAUGCUUGAAAUUUUGUUAUCGCCUAAAUUUAUUGUAUGACUUAGACUUGCUUAACUCUGUAACUAACUUUUGCAAUUCUUCGCCAACUGGAAAGUCACUUAGACCUUGAGCAACGCAUGAGGGAGAGAGGUUUGCAAUCCUCUCCUCGACUUGUCUCCAAUCUUCCCUGUGGGGGAAAACACGCGUCCUGCAGCGCUCAUGCCUGUUAGCAGGCUAGAGAGAAGGUGAAUUUUGGGUUCUUGUGUAGUUCCAAAAAACAUCACAGUUGCUUUGCCGUCGUCGUGGUGGCUCCUUCGACUCCUCAUAGAUAAAGGUUUUUACGGUAAUAUUUACCAUUCCCUGUAACAACACACGUUACAGUGUUUGCUUUUUUUUUUUAGAUCGUCGACAAAUGUCUUUGUGAUGGAGCUGAUGAAUAUUUGCAAAUUUUAAGCUUGUGUUCCGUCAUGAUGCAACAGUUUUGCCAUGCUGGAUAAACAUGAAAAGGUCAGAAAGGAAAAGUUGGAACGGAAACAUUUCCAUCGUCGGUCGCCAUACCGUUUCAGUUGUAUUGUGUAAAUUAUUAGUAAAAGGUUUACCCAAUUAAAACAGCUAUACAAUUCUUAGCCGCACCUCUGAAUAGUUAUUGACUUAAUAUAAAUCUCGGAUUGAGAUCUUUAAAAAGGGUCGCCCAAGUUUGUCGGCGAAGUGUCAAACGAUGUCGACAAAAUGAAAGACUACGUUGUCGAAGUGACCGGUUUGUCGGCGAGUUGACUAAAGUCAACUAUCGGCGGGUUGACAUAUCAGGGAAGUGACCGGGUACCGUAUAAACGGGCCCAUAGAAACACGCUUGAUUCGGCUCAGUAGAGUGUUCCUUUUCUGUUGCUUACAAAGCGAGUGCAGGGUCACGCUGAUUGCCUGUCAGUUACACUCUUGUUACAUCGCCAGUUCCAUUGGAUAUCUCUGAUUUGACUAUUAGGCCAAUUGCUUGCCCAUAAUAAUUAUUAUAAUAUAAUUGUGUUCUCUACUGUUGCUCAACCACUACUUAUUUGAAAAAAAUAUUAAAAAAAAACUAGUCAAGGU